UGCCACCAUGUCCCUAUCUCUUGUCGCCAAUUCUUACCUCGACGAGAACAGCUCGAAGAUACGGGCGAAGCCUGUGCCAUGGGAGGGAUACCAACGCGCGGGACUAGUAACGUCGGAAGAGCUUGCACUCAUCAAGAAAGUGGAUAGGCAGCCCAAGGCGAAGACAGAGUCUAUAUUGCUUUCGGAUGGACAGACUUAUGCGCUGCUGUAUCUUCGACUGCUGAAGAAGCUGCAGAGAGUGGAUACGAUGCAAUGUAUCCUAGUGUUGAUUGCGGAUGCUUUGACCGAUCAUGACGAGCGGAUACCUCUGUUCACGCGUGCAGCAGAGUCAGAUCCAGACCUACCAUACGGUGCACUUCUCCACGCUGUUUCCAAUACCGACGACUUUGUUCAGUUGAAGGCAUCCCAGAUCUUGACGGUCUUACUCAGUUCUGAACAGGCCCCAUUACAAUCACAACAACUCCAACCAUUCCUCACUACUCUCGCAUCAUUCGUACAAGGCCAAGUACCAAACAAAAGGGAUGUGGCUGUCCAGUGUCUAGAAGCUAUCCUUCCCCGUGCCGAAGUUCGGAAAGCAGUGUGGGCGAUUCCUGGUAUCAUCUCUGGGUUGAUCCAAAUAUUGAAGAACAAACCCGGACCCCAGAUGAGCUAUCAGGUCGGCUUCUGCUUCUGGCUAUUAUCCUUCGAGCAGGAGAUCGCCGAGCAGCUGAACAAGAAGUACGAUGUCAUCCCCCUCUUCGUUGAUGUAGCACAAGGAGCCGUUAAGGAGAAAGUCAUCCGCGUCUUCGUUGCCACCUUCAAGAACCUCAUCAUCAAAGCCCCUGCCGCCAACCUACCCGCCAUGCUCGUCGCCGAACUGCUUCCAUUCGCGAACAACCUUUCAUCUAGGAAAUGGUCUGAUGAGGAUAUUCCUGAGGACGUGCAGUUCAUUCGGGACGAGCUCAAAUCUCGUUUCGAGUCGCUUUCGACAUGGGACGAAUAUUCAUCGGAGCUUGCAUCCGGCCACCUUUCAUGGACGCCUGUACAUGAAUCAGACAUGUUCUGGAAAGAGAACGCCGUGAAGCUCAACGACAAAGACCAUGCUGACCUCAAGCAACUCAUCAAGCUCCUCCAAGACUCUCAAGACCCAACAGUUCUCGCUGUCGCCGCUCACGACCUUGGUCAAUACGUCAAACACUACGAGCGUGGAAAGAAGUUGGUUACCGACUUCGGAGCCAAGACGCGUGUCAUGGAGCUCAUGUCGCAUGGGAACCCGGACGUGCGAUACCAGGCUUUGGUCUCUGUACAACGUCUUGUCAGCCACCCUUGGCAAUCCGUGUAAUCAUCCAGGGGACUUGGAGGUGUAGCUGCUCGACUACGCGCGAUCAGGGAGGCGAACAAUCCUGGGACAUGGACGGGCAAAUAGCGUAUGGCGGAGUACCCACGUAUACGAUUGCAAACGAUGGACUAUGACUGGAAGAGCAAGGAAUACAAUCCGAAGUGUGAGCUUCGUGUAAUGGCCUGUAAUGAUGGGUGUCACUUAUAUUCAUCGCAUAAUCAUGGAAAAGUCUGCGCUUCUACUUCGGACAGACCGUACAAGAUGUGGCUUCAUAUUUUUAGGCUUUACGAUUUUU